AUGUGGCAAUUCGAUUGCGCGUGGCUUCUCGAUCGUAAUCAAAGUUAUCAAGCUUCCGACAAAUCCAUUUCUUAUAAUGGAGAUUGCUGUCUGGAAGAUGUUGUCGUUUAUUUAGAUUCAUUACCAUUAGCUGAAUUUACUAAAGAAUGGAGAACAGCUCUAUCUAACCCUACUGAAACACCAGAAACCAAAUGCUCCUGGCUCUCCGAUCCUUUCAACGUUACCGAUAAGAAAACUGGAAAAGUGACAUUCACUUACAAUGGAUCAUGCUGCUCAAAUGUUGCUGCAGAAAUGUUAAAAAACAGUUCUUACCAAACAGAAAUUGAAGAGAUGGAAAAAAAGUUGGCAUCAGGGCCUGGCCUUUCAGCGUGGUACGAAGACGAUAUCACUUCUUUGAAACAGAGAGCUCUGGUCAAACUGUUGUACUGCAUUGAAGACGCCUGCCCUGGAAUGGAUCUAGUUUGGGAUAACUGCUCAGAAACUACUACUUCCUCCUCUACCACAGAAACAACGACAAGUCCAGUCACUACCACAAAAAAGUUGGAUUGUUAUUGGCUUGAUGAGCCUUUCAAUAGUUAUUAUGCAGUUGGGCCAGAAAACUUGGUAUCUGUAGAAUAUACUGGUGGUUGUUGUAAUGAAGCGGCGAAAUCAGCAUUGGAAAAUGGUUCUCCGGAUCAUUUACACCUGGAAUCUUACCAGGAAGACUAUAAAGCAGAAGCACUGUAUAAUUACUUGUUUUGCAUCCCAAACGCCUGUCCUUACAUGACCCCAAUAUGGACCAAUUGCUCAGAUUUGACAACCACAACUGAAGUUCAAACGACACCGACAACAACCGAAUCGACGACAGUCACAUCUGAAGUCACGACUACAAAGAAAAGACAAGGAGGAUUCCCAUCGGGAGAUACUACAAGGACAUCUACAUCGACGACCAGUGAAGCGGAAACCUCAACGGAGAAGAAAAUGACACGGAAGACUGAAAAUAAUGAUAAUGGAGGCCCUUCUAAUGGCAAUGAGCUGACAACAAAAUCGACUACCGUGGAAUCAACUACAAUAAAUCUUGGAGAUAUUUUGAGCAGUCCCAAAAAUUACCAGAGCUCAACCACAUCCAGCACCUCAUCAACUCAGACAACUACUACUGCUGGAUCCUCUUCAACAACUACAAGUGAAACACCAAAGAGAGAAGAGCCUAUCGAGAAUGAGGUCACAAAAGAGCAUGAUGAGUCAACAACAACAAAGAUAUCUUCAAAAGUCACCACCACCACAGAAUCCAAGGAAACCGAGAAGACUUCGACUGCAACAACGAGUGUGACGGAAGAUUCCACUGUGACGUCAACUGCUGUCGAGCAAGAAGACAUGGUCACCACAGUGAGUAAGACAAGUUCUUUUUCCAACGAGCCUGAGACAACAACGGAUAAAGAAACCCCUGCAACCACUACUGAUGCUGAUGCCAAGGCAACUGUCUCAACCAUCUCCGAUGACUCUGAAACUUCUAAAGAUCCUGAAGAGACUAGUGAAAGCACAACACCCUCGGAAACAUCUGAAUCAUCCUGGUCCACCGAAAGCUUCACAACUCCUCUGAUCAAUCUGAUCAGCAGUUUUACUGGCUCCACUGUGUCUUCUUCAUCCCCUAAAACAACUGAAAUGACGAGGGAAUCUGAUGAAACCGGAAGCUUCAGUACUAUGACGUCCUCAGGAAUCACAGCUGGUUCAACAAGUUCCGGAAGUGAAAGUGAAUCAACAGAUCCUGCUGCAUUGACCACAUCUGGAACUCAUGAAACAGGAACAACUUCAAGCUCCACUGUGUCCUCUUCGUCUUCAAAAACAACUGAAGUGCCGAUGGAAUCUGAUGAAACGGAACGUCCAACGUCCUCAGGAAUGUCAGCUGGUUCUUCAACUACCGGAAGUGAGAACCAAUCUGGAACUCAUGAAACAGGAACAACGCCAAGCCACGGUUCUAGCUCUACUGUGUCCACUUCAUCUUCCAAAAUGUCAACGGAUUCUGAUGAAACGGAACGUCCCACGUCCUCAGGAAUGUCAGCUGGUACAACAAGCUCUGACCAAUCAACAGAUCCAACCGCAAAGUCCACACCCGACACUUCUGAAACCAGCUCAUCUGAGACACCGACCACUUCUGGUUCUAGCAAGAUCGACGUAACUGGAACAUCUGCUGAUGUGACGACAACGACUGGCUCUUCCACACCUUCUUCCACUCAUUCUGAAUCUGCAACUGCAAUUGGUUCUACUGGAACGACGUCGACAGAAACCGUCACUGGACCAACCAAAUCGAUAUCAACCAAGACGCCAACAACAACAAACGCUGGUAGUGAAGCAAUCGGUUCUGGCGAACUGGACACUUCCGCAACUGGAACAACGUCAACUGCUACUCCUGGACCCACAGUAAACGGAAAAUCGACUCCGUCUACUUUAACCAGUGGUACGCAAGGAACUGGUACUGUCACGACUGGAAAAACUGAGGGAUCUGGAUCAACGAGUACUGCUUAUCCGAAACCGACCAUCAGCGGACAUAUCAUUGACUACACAGGGACUACGGAAUCUAAACCAAGGGCUGAAACGUCUGAAUCGACCUCUUGGGCAACUGGAAAAGAUGAUUCCAGUUCCAUGGGCUCCUCCACAAAAUCCUCAAGUAGCUCAACAACGACUAAACCGACACAAGGAACUGGAUCAACUGGUCAUACUACAUCUGCAAACAUAGAAACUACUGAUUCCUCCGAAACUUCCUCAACUUCAAAGAAACCGGAAACAGGAACAAGUUCUGGAGGGUCGUCAACUACUACCAAAUCAUCUGGAUCUAACUCAACUAGUGGAACUAAUAGAAUAACCAAAUCCUCAAGUUCGGUGAAGACGUCUACAACUGCUCCGUCAAGCAAUAGAACCACAAAAGGAGCUGGAGCAACAACUUCCAGCAAACCAGAUGGAACGAAAACGACUACAUCCAAAUCUACAAAGGCUUCGAACAAUUCCGAAAACUCGAAAGCGACAGAUUCCCAAAAAGUGACCACCAAGCCAACAACAAAGUCCCCGGUCUCUUCUUCUUCUUCGGUUACCACCUCGACUACGACAUCGACUCCGCCCCCAACAUCAGCCACCUGUCCGAUGCCCGACAUUGACCGACGCUUCACGAACCGUCCGACCGAUGCGGAGCUGAAGCCGUUCUACGCACCUGGAGAGCGAGUCAUUCAUCUCUGCAUCAAAUAUUAUAAAAUGGAGUGGGCAGGUCAACCACUGAGGAUCUAUCAAUGUGGAGAGGAUGGGAAAUGGAUUGGAACGUUCCAGCGGUGUGUUCCGGAUGUGCCUUCACCAAAAAAGGAGUUAUCCAUCCCUGCUAACAACAUCAAGAAAGCUCCAUCCGCCUUGAAGCGCUCUGUUCUUCUUCAAGUCAAGCAAGAAGAAGGAGAGCUUCCAGAGAAAAUUCCUCUCUUCGAGCCAAACACAUCUGAAUCCUCUCGACACGUGCCAGCAGUUUCUAGUCAACAUCAGGAGGCUCAGUAUAAGCCAAUGCAGAGAGACUUGCCAGCUUCGUCCCGACACGUGCCUGGUUUUUCUCCAGACGUGUCAGGUCCAUCUCAUCACAUGUCUGGACUAUCUUCGAGUCACUCGCCGAGGUCUUCUCAUCAACAUCUAGUUCCUCACUGUGGCCCAUCGCUUCAAGAUAUGCUAAGUUAUUCCCCAGAGAUGCCAGGCCCUUCUUACCAACAGGCUCAAGCUCACAACAUGAACCAAUUUGGGUUCCCACAGCACAGGGAUCCGGUUGGAAACCAGCAAAGCAUGAUCAUGCCUACUGCCCUCCUAAGCAAAACCGAUCAAUACCAUUUCAACGAGGAUAUGAAGUAUCUCAACCGAAAACUAUUGAGAAUACACGAGAAGAACGAAACGGUCUAUAGAGCUGCCAGGGACGCCGGGCUGGAGGUGACAAAGGCUAUCGAGAAGAAGACUCCGGCUAAAAGUUUGGAAUCGGUCUUCUUAGGAUUGGCGGAGAUUUUUAAAGAUGUGAAGGUUCCCGAAUGA